CGAUUCUCAGCCACCAACGAUCCAACUUCUCCAAGCAUGUACCGCCCUUCCCGUCACCUUACUGUUGAGGACAUCAGCUUUCCCGCUCUGACUAUCGACGUCAACGCCAAAUACAUCAACACCAUGCGUUCCGCAUCUCCCACUUCGCCGUACUACACCCCCCCUGCGUCACCAAAGGCCGCCAAGAAGCCGGCUACCCCAAGCGGGGAUCGACUUUACGACCUGAUUAUGAACGCCCCUGAGGACCUUAUUGCCCCUUCCGGGUCGACGGUGCGCAUUCAUCCGGCAGGACCGGAUGAGGCGUUCGUCGCCGUUCACCCGCGGUUCAACCGCACCUGUAUCGACAUCGACUUUUGUCCGGCCUGGCCCGACGCAAGGAGAAUCACAGCCCGUGUGAUGCGCGACGACUGGGAACAGAGGCGCUGUACAGCUGAGGAUACCCGCAGAGCGGCCCUCAAAGCGUACGAGCGUUUCAAGACCGGUCUUGGCUGGCAGGUGUGGGAGAUCGUGCUUCCCUCGGAACUUCCUCCUGAUGAGGACAGCGAUCCUUCGGAUGAUGAUUCCGGAGAAAGUACGAUCUCUUGGUUCUCCUCCGAGAGUGACUCCUCCGUCUAAAGUACAGGUCACUUCACGCGGAGGGUCCUCUCUCCUCCUCUCAAUAUCUAUUCGACCUAACAUAUGCUUCCUCGCUGUUCGCUGCUCGAAUAGCAGACGCUGCCCCUUUAUCAUCUCCUUUGGUCGGGCUGGUCCCUGGGUCUUGCUUGAGCUGCUUGCGGCUCGCGUCCAUUGGCUUCUUGCUUUUCUCUGUCGCUGUUCCCGGACGACCGGCUCGUCCAGAUGAAGCGACUCGGUGCAGUGUACCCAUUUGCGUGAACUAACACCGAAACGACUUGCGUGGAACCAACGACACUACAUAUCAUGGUUUGCAAUGAUCGAUGAACUAUCAUGUCUUGAUGACGAUGACGAUCACUGCGUUUUUGGAGAGGACGGUUGUAUACCUUGUGUAAUCCGCUAGCAUUUUGUACACUUCUG